AUGCCACCGCAUUCUCUUGCGACCAUGGUCCGUCCGACAGCUGCGUUCCAGUAUACGGCCAGUCGCGAAGCCAAAGACUGUCAGGCAGAUGGAACAUUCCCUAUCGACAACAGCCUGGACUCUCACUUCAGCAGUACCCAUGAAACCGAUUGUAUCGAUCUUCAAGGAGAGCACUGCACGGAGUUUUUGCCAUCCGUCUCCACAGAAGGCGAGCCACGUUUCUGUCGGCGACGCGGCCGCUGCCUCGAACGUGCAGGCUCUUCAAAAGUCAAAGAUCAUUUGAAGGACGUCGUGAAAGAGCAGAGACUGUUACCCAGAGUGUCUGAAAACGACAGAGGGACGCCUCUGACACAUGAUGGGAGCAUUUGGGACCGCUAG